GCUCAAACGUCUGUUACAAAAUGCAUCUUUUGUGACAAUCCAGGAAUUUACCACUGUACUGAAUGUACAUCAGCCUUUUGUCAGCAAUGUAGAACAAAACAUGAUAAGUUGCCGACUACGAAGAAUCAUACAGUAACAGAUUUAAAAAAUAUGACCCCGUCAGCUUUUCUAACUGAGGCAAAAUGUGUUUUGCACAAAUCAGAAUUUAUUUACUUUUGUACAAAAUGUCAUGUUCUGAUUUGCGGUAAAUGUGUUACGACUGAGCAUAAAGGUCACGAUAUCACCGAUAUCAAAACUGUUGCUGACAACUACCGAAGAAGUGCAGAGGGGAAUAUUUCCGAUUUGAAAGUAGCAGUCACCAAGCUGUCAAAAGUAGUAGGACAAAUGAAAGAAAUUGAGAAACCAACCAUUAAAAGAACAUCUGAUUCCGCCGUUGCAGAAGUAGAUGCAUCUGUUAAAAAGAUUACAGAUAUAGUUUCUUUUAAAAAAGAAAAUACACUGUAUGAAGUACAGAACCAACUUGAUAUAGAAAUAGAAGAAUUUCAAUACGAUCUUAAAAACAAAGAACGGAUGUACGAACAUCAAAACAACAUCUGUGAAAGUUUGCAGAGAUUAGUGCAUGUAUCACAUGACAUUACCUUUAUCACUUCAUAUGAAACGCUAAAGAGAGAUAUUCAUGACAUCAGUGAUUUAGUUGGAGAAAGAGGACACGAACAAAUGUACAAGUUUGAUAAGAAGGGGUUUGUUCAGGAAGUUGUCAAUGCAAUUGUGUCUAAUUUUGAAAUGUGCUUGGUAGGUAAAGAAGAUGGAAGUGUUGUUUUAACACACAAAACAGACAUAAAAAAGAAGGAAAAAGAAUAAAAGCAGAAAUAAAACUGUUCGGCAAUGGAAACGUUCGGUGAACAGAAGAAGGCCUCCAGAUAUUGUGAAAUGUACGGAAGUCUUAAUGCACAUUGUAAAGUGUAAAAUAAACAUAAGUUUUACUCAUGUUACUUAAAGU